AUGGACUCCGCUUCAAAACCUGCGCCUUUACAUCUUCUCACACUUCCAGAAGAAAUCCGCAAGCACAUCUUGAGAGUCUAUUGCAACGGAACACGACCGGAAUUGCUGCUCAAGUGUCAGAAACACCCCAACGCAUGUGUUCCCCACAUCGCUUUCACCGGCAGAGUAAACACGUACAACAAGACGAAUAUGGACAGCAUCAAGGAUGUGUGCAAACAGCUGAGAGGUGCAUUUGCCGAGGUCGCCCUUGGUCGUCUCGAGAAGGACGUGGUGGUUCCGGUGUCAAUGAGUAUCAUAGGUCGAGCCGACUACCGUGGCGCCAACUUCAUCAUCGGCGCGGAAAUGCGCCAAUUUCUGAAGUCCAUCAAGUCGAUUCACAUCAACUUGAACCACGACAGCGAGUGGUUGUGCGCGUCCCCGACCACCCUCUGGAGCUUCUUUCGAGACGGAUGUCCUAAUCUUGUGGAGUUGACGGGUAUUGAACGCGAAUAUUUGUCGGAACGCUUACUGAGAGCUCCUAACGGUAAGUGUGACCGAGAAACCCUCGAAGCGGCGUGCUCUUCGAAGGGGAUGCAUUGGUCUGCGGAGUCUGCGCUGAGAGGACUUCAGCAUAUCGUUCUGGACAGAGGCUGGGGUCCAAAAGGUGAAUUGCCUUCAGUCAAAUUUCGCUCAAACGUACGCUUCUGCGCCGGAAACUGGUUCUUUGGUGCUGAAAAAGCCCUCAUCAUCGCGCAAGCCACGCAGAUUGAUGAUGGCCAGAUCGAAACGACGGUUCGGCUGGUUGAGCCUGUGGUUGACAUUUAUUAG